AUGUUUUUAGGUGGGACUGUAGUCUCGCACCCGAAUAGAGCACAAGUAGCUGUUUGUGGCCAUAAAUGGUGGCAAGAAUUCUAUGUUCAAAGGCCUGAACACCAACGAAACCCUUCCGGCAGUUGUUUUGUCGUGGAUUUGGAUAAACCCAAUGAGACACCCGUUGCUAUAUUCCCGUUAUCCGAGUCGAGUCAAAUAGGUCUACAAAUUCAACAAAACACUUACUAUUACUCACAUUCAAUGAGUGGCUUUUCCGCCGCAUUCACACCCAGCGGUGAGAGUCUGUUGUUGGGAGCGCCGGGAUUCUACCAAUGGAGGGGUACUUUCCUCGAGACAGAAGCCAUUCCUUUAGGAAUUAAUGGCUUAUUAAAGGAGAGAUUUGUUUUGAAUCAACGCUCGACAGCCAGUGAGUCAUAUGUGGGAUAUUCUCUAACAACGGGUCACUUUUUGUCUGGAUAUUCAAGUUCUGUGGCAUUGGGUGCACCCAGGGAUAAGAAUUAUAGGGGGAAAGUCUAUAUUUAUAACUACGGCUCAAACCAUGUUUUUAAUGACAUCGAAGGCACACAA